UAAUAUUUUGAAACAUGGACAGAGAGAAAGCAAGCUUGGGUUGGUCGAUUCUUGGCGAACGUGGAAUCUAGAAUCCCACCAUUCGGGUGAUCCUUUAAAUCAACCCAAGACCUGACGAACAGAAAUGUCCAUUUACAGCUACCAAUGAUGAAAUACUGUUUCAGGUCCCUUGAUCUCUCUGUGAAAAAUUUUCACUGGAAAAAAAAGUAUAAAUGGGACAAGAUGAAAGGCAAAAGAACUUAUCUUCAUCACACUUUCCCUCCCUUCACUUAGUUAUUAAACUACAACCCAUUCCUUCAUUUACAAUGGUCGCUUACUCUACUCUCGUUUUCGCACUUGCCCUUAAUGCUUUGACUGCUUUGGCUGCUCCUACCGAUUCUAUCACAAUCAAUGUCAAGAACAGCUGCAAGAACUCAAUUCAAGUCAACCAACUCACUAAUGAUGCUGGUAAUCCCAAGUCUGUUUCCGUAUCUGCUGGUAGCUCCACUACCAUGUCCGUUCCUUCCAACUGGGGUGGCCGCAUCUGGGCCCGUGAAGGCUGUAGCGGUUCAAGCGAUUGUCAUCCUGGCGCUCCUGCUUCCUUGGCUGAAUUCUUAAUGAAUGGCUCUGGAGGCAAGGAUUACUAUGAUGUCUCUUUUGUUGAUGGUUUCAACUUGCCAAUCUCUAUCUCUCCCAACGGUGGUAAAUCUGAUGGUCAAUAUGAAUGCGGUGCUCCUGGCUGUUCAUCUCUUCCUUCUUGCCCUAGCGAACUUCAAGAUAAGGACAGCAAUGGUAAAGUCAUUGGCUGCAAGUCUGCCUGUAGUGCCUUUGGUACUGGUGAAUACUGCUGUACCGGUGACAGCGCUGCUCGCGGUACAUGCAAGGCUACCAAGUACUCCACACCUGUCAAGGAAGCAUGCCCCAACGUCUACAGUUACGCUUAUGAUGACAGCACCUCCAUGUACGCCUGUUCACCAUCUAGUGGCUACACUGUUACUUUCUGUUAAGAAAAACCUUUUAGAAUAAAAAAUAAUUGAAAGCUGGUUCUUUCUCUUGCUUUUUUUUAAAAAUUUAUACACACAUUCUUUACUUGGAUAUGAUAUAAACCAUACAUUUCUCUUUCUUUUGUCUUUUGUCUUUUGUCUUUUCUUUUAUUAUAAAA